AUGAAUCCUCGGCAUUUUGAUCUAAAAGGUCACCACGAAAUCUCCCAGAUCCUUCUUACCGAAGGAGACCUUGGGAUAACGUCAAUCCAGUUCCAAUACGUGGAAGAUAGCAAGUACGUUUUAUCAGAUGAAUAUGGUCUUCAAAGCAAUAGAGACCAGUUCCACACCAUUGAGUUGAACCAUCCGGCUGAGUACAUUUGUGGAAUCAGUGGUCUAUAUAACACUUCUGGCGAUUCUUAUAAUAUCAAACAGCUCACAUUCACCACCAACAUCAAGGAGUACGGUCCCUUCGGUCUAGCCAGCCAAGGCUUGUAUACAUUGAGCUCAGAGAAAAGUUUUUCAUUUAGGCUUGGAGAGUCUCGUCGAUUUGGUGGUUUUCAUGGAACCUAUUACUCCUGUGGUCUCUUAUCUAUCGGUGCCUAUUUUAAUCCUAAAACAAUGUCAUCACCCAACUCUGACUCAGAGAUUCCAAAGGAAAGAUAA